AUGGCUGGUACAUUCGAGCACUUUGUUGCCUUUGGCACUGACCUUGUCGGCAUUGAGCGAAUUCUUCGUGGUUUCCAGGCCAUCUGCUCUCUCCUCGUCUGGUACCCAGCUCUCUUCGCCCUUGUCGAGCCAAAGGUCACUUCCACGAUUCCUCUCCGCAAGCUGGGCGGUCAGAUCAACGUCUCACGACGCUUCAUCCGUUUCUUCCGCUUCCUGGACACUUUCCAGACAGGAUGGAACGUCUACGUCGCUCAAGGCGACAAGAGCCUUGAUGUCUGGCUUGAGAUCGUGAGCAAGACGUGCUUUGGUAUGUUCGGCAUGAUGGAGACUGCGACCCUCUUGGAUCUCUGCGGCAUUGAUAACCUGCGCAUCUUCAGCCCUGAAAAGUUCAAAGAGAUUGAUUACCAGUCUCAGCUGUUCUGGUUUGCUGGGCUGUACACUUCUGUUCUGGUUACUGUUAUCAGACUGUAUCGUCUUGUGUCUAGCCCACCUGCCGCCGUCACCCGUCAGAGCGUAAGCACCACCUCUACUGAGAACACUGCCGAGCUUGUCUCUACCGAGAAGGAGACUUCUACUGCUCCUCUUUCUGAAAAGUCGUCCAAGGAGGAACUCGACAAGGAGCGUGAGCGUCUCAAAGGUAUCGUCACCAAGCGCAAGGCCGAGCGACGUGCUUGGAUGAGGAAGAUCAACACCGAGGGCUACGUUCUCCUCCGCGCCCUCGUUUCUGAUCUUCUUGACAUGCUUCUCCCUACCACCACUGUUGGCUGGAUCAAGCUUGACCCCGGUCUGGUCAGUUUGGCUAUGUUCUUUACUACCUUCACUACGGGUUCGGCUGUUUGGGACAAGGUUGGACGGGAUCUUCAGAUGAAGAAGCAGUAG